UCGUCCCAGUUCAGACUCUAUUGGAUUGCUCUUCUAUCAGUUCUCCGGACUGUACGAUGAAAGCCAGACCUCUCGUCAUUUUGCGCACCUGCUGCUCUCUGUUCUUUCUUCUUUCGGAUUCAGGGGUUUGUGGCUCUGAGGCCGAGCACAGGCUCUUCUCAGUCAUCUUCUCCAGUUAUAACCAGUACAUCAGACCGGUGGAGAAUGUGUCCGACCCCGUCAUCGUCCAGUUUGAAGUGUCCAUGUCACAGCUGGUCAAAGUGGAUGAGGUGAACCAGAUCAUGGAGACCAACCUUUGGCUGCGACAUAUUUGGAACGAUUAUAAGCUCAGAUGGGAUCCUAAGGAUUUUGGAGGUGUAGAGUUCAUCCGUGUGCCGUCCAAGAAGAUUUGGAAACCAGACAUUGUGUUGUACAACAAUGCAGUUGGAGAUUUCCAGGUGGACGACAAAACGAAAGCUCUUCUACGAUACAACGGAGAUGUCACCUGGAUCCCUCCGGCCAUCUUCAAGAGCUCCUGCAAGAUCGACGUCACCUUCUUCCCGUUCGACUAUCAGAACUGCACCAUGAAGUUCGGCUCGUGGACCUAUGACAAAGCCAAGAUCGACCUGGUGCUGAUCGGCUCCACCAUCAACCUGAACGAUUUCUGGGAAAGCGGUGAAUGGACCAUCAUCGACGCUCCCGGAUACAAGCACGACAUCAAGUACAACUGCUGCGAGGAGAUCUACACGGACAUCACGUACUCGAUCUACAUCCGUCGGCUGCCACUCUUCUACACCAUUAACAUGAUCAUUCCCUGUCUGCUCAUCUCCUUCCUGACUGUUCUGGUUUUUUAUCUCCCUUCCGACUGCGGAGAGAAGGUGACCUUGUGCAUUUCCGUUCUCCUCUCCCUCACGGUGUUCCUCCUGGUCAUCACUGAAACCAUCCCAUCCACGUCUCUCGUCAUCCCUCUGAUUGGAGAGUACCUGCUUUUCACCAUGAUAUUUGUGACUCUGUCCAUCGUGAUCACUGUGUUUGUGCUCAAUGUGCAUUACCGCACACCUAAGACGCACACCAUGCCCGGUUGGGUGCGGCACGUCUUCCUCAGUCUGCUCCCUCAGGUCAUGUUCAUGAAGCGGCCUGAGAAAGACCCAGAGAGGAAGACCAGAUCCUGCACUCUUCACACUCCAGGUCUGGUUUCCACAAAACUGUCACGCCGGGCUCCUCUGCUCCUGUGCACCACUGAGCUCAACAAACUAAGUGAGGCGUCCAAAACGGCAUCCAAGACGGUGCCCAGCUUUCUGUGUCGAGAAGGCCGAUGUACGUGCUGCUGGAAUCAACAUGGCACCAACGUCUCCAGCGAAGGAGCAGAGGACGGAGGAGGAGGGAGUCCGUGCUCCAGCUCUGAGUCUCUGGACGCAGGCGUUCUGUGCUUGUCGCCACAGGUCAGAGAUGCCAUAGAGAGCAUCAAGUACAUUGCAGAGAACAUGAGGCUACAGAACGAGGCCAAGGAGGUCCAGGAUGACUGGAAGUAUGUGGCGAUGGUGAUUGACAGGAUCUUUCUGUGGGUGUUUGUCCUUGUGUGCAUUCUGGGUACAGCUGGACUCUUCCUGCAGCCGCUGCUGAUGGCCGAGGACAUGUGAUGCCUUCACAAGCACAGAACAUUUUCAUAGUCAGAACCUAAUUUUCAGAAACCUUAACUCAGCAUUUUUAUGUAUUUUUUUUAAUUAUGUUUCAUUUUAGAGCAGAAAAGACAUCUGUUUACAGGUUGGUUGACUCUGGGACUUUUAAGAGAUCAAAUGGAGCAGCUAAAAUGAGGAUCAUUAUCGACUUUCAAGAAGAUUUCUAAGUACCCACCCGAUGGCUUAGUGUCCUCUUUUGUCAAUUUCUAUUUCCAUCAAAGUCAUGCAACCCAGCUGCAUUAUAUAAAGCUAAAAAACAUUUGGCCAAUGUCUGAAUGGAAUAUUUGGCCUGUAGAUGGAGUGUUAGAGAAGAGUAUUCAAGUGUCUUAAAGGAAUAGUU